UAUAAAGUUUUAUUCAACAACACCAUCUCUUCAUCUUCCAUCUCCCCUCUCCCAAACCUGUCAAAACCCUUAAAAAACCUUAAACCAGAAAACCCCAACUCCAACCUGCAUCAAUGGACUCAACUCUCUCACUCACACUCAAACCAUCAUUCCACCAAAAACCCACAAUCUUCAACCCACCCACUUCAACCUUUACCAAAUCAACCCACCCUUAUCCCCUCUCAAAACCCUCCAAACUACCCACCCUCAAAAUCACCGCCACCAAAACCACCACCACCCCCACCAACCCAAUCAUCCAAACCCUCAAACUCACCGCCCGCACCAUCAUAUUCUCCGCCACCACCGCUGCCGUUAUCUCCAAUUUCCAAAAAUACACCGCCAUAGCCGAACCAAUUACCCAAAGUACCACAACCACCGAAACCGAAACCGAAACCAAACCCGAAACCGUAACCGAAACCAAACCCGAAACUGUGUUGCCGGAGUUUCUAGAAUCCAAUUCAGAAGCUGUUGACGCUAUGAAAACAUUACUUGAAAAGAAACUAGAAGCAGGGGAGGAUGAGGAAAGUUUGAAAAUCUUGAAAAAACUCGUGUCGGCCCAGCCCGAAAACCUGGACUGGAAGUUCCUAAUGGCGAGAUUACUAAACGAAAUGGGCGAAAUUGAGCCGGCCCGCGAGGCCUUAGAACAGAUUUUGACACAAAAUCCUUUAUCUUUCGAGGCGUUGUUCGAAAACGCGUUGAUAAUGGACAGUGUGGGAGAGGGUGAGGGGGUGAUCAGGCGGUUGGAAAAGGCGUUAGCGAUUGCGGAGGAGGAGAAGAAGGAGAAGGAGGCUAGAGAUGUGAGGUUGAUUAUAGCGCAGUUUCAGUUUUUGCAGAAGAAUGUUGAUGAGGCUUUGAGGAGUUAUGAUGAGCUUUUGAAUGAGGAUCCGAAUGAUUUUCGACCGUAUUUUGCUAAAGGGAUGAUUUAUAGUUUGAUUGAUAAGGAUGAUGAGGCGAAGGUUUGGUUUGCUAAGUAUCGAGAGCUUUCGCCUAAGAAGUAUGAUGUGGAAGGGUAUAUCCGCACGCCGUUGUCAAGAAUGAAGCUUUUUGGGACUGAUGAACAGAAUUGAUGAAUGAAGAGAGUUGGAGUUAACUAAGAUGAGCAGACGGUAUGUUUUCUGUUAUGAUUGAAUCGUUGUUAGCUACAGAUUCAGCAAAUGUUUGUUGUUAAUUGCUAUACUGCUAAAUAAGCAUGAUGGUAUCGUUUUUGAUGGUUUGAUCUCAACUUUGUAGCUCUA